AUGUUCUUCUCUGACCAUUGCCUCCGGCUGGCCGACUGUCACCUACAGGACGAGCAGCAGGCGGGCAAGGGGACGUGGAAACUGAACAAUAAGCUGUUGACCCCGGGAAGCAUUGAGAAGCUCAAGAGGGAUUACGCAGAUCUACACCGAAGUACUCAGAUCUACUUUGUACAGGACAGCAACCUCGAUAAACAUUUCGAUUUGGAGCUGGACGGAGAUGAGAUUUUCUACACGGAUUUCAACCUGAAGAAGGAGGUGGCUCAGAUCCCUGAGUUCCAACGCUUCGCAACACAGGGAGGAGAGGCGAAGAUCGCCUCCAGUAUCGCCGUCAUUAGACAGAGUUUGAAUGCUUUAAAGAACCAAUCCCGCGGCUCCCCGGAACCAAAAUCUGCCCCUCAGAUUGCUACGUAUCCUGAAAAGCCUGUCAAAUGGGGACAGCCCAACACAUUGAUCUGUCUGGCUGAUGGAUUCUGCCCACCACAAAUCACCAUGACAUGGAAGAAGAACAGUGAGCCAGUGACUGAUGAAGUCAACAUUACGGAAUUCUAUAUGAAACAGGAUUAUUCCUAUCAGAGAUUCACAUAUCUGAGCUUCAUCCUAAAUCCUGGAGAUAUGUAUUCCUGUCAUGUGGAACACGACGGGCUGCAGGAUCCAACCACUGUAUUCUGGGAACCUGAAGUACCCGAGGAACAGUCUGGUCCUUGGACAGUGAUCUGUAUUCUGGGAAUCAUCCUGGGAAUUAUCAGUGCUGUUGUAGGGGUCACCUUACUGAUUAAAGAGAGACAACGACUGCAAUCUCAGCAACACAGCAUCUAG